CACCCAUCUUCAUUGAUUGAAUUGCAGGCGCGAAUUGAAUAAACCCAGCUGCUACUCCUCAGCUUUGAGCACGCUUCUUCGCGCAGCAUCGGCACUCAACCUAUCAACCUACAGAACAUAAUACCGCGCGAUUAGACCGAGACCAACGCGCUCGCGACUCACUCCCAUCCCAUCCGAACCACCAACACACCUAUAACCUCAGCCUCAGAAACCAAUUGCCCGCAACCGCAAGAAUGACAUCCCCGGCACCCCUCCCCGCAACAGCAGGAGGAGCAACCCAAUCCCAAGCCGCAAAUGCAACCCCCUCGCAUUCCCAAGCACCAACACCAGGAGCAGGAGCAGGAGCAGGAGCAGGAGCCCCAGGAACAAGCAACACACCCACGCACCUCCGCGACGUAACGCAGCACCUAAACGGCGACACGAACAGUAAAAGCAACAACACCAACAACACCGCCACGCCUCAACCCGGCACCAGCACCACCAGCACCACCACCACCACAACAACAGCAGGACCACCAGGAGGAGGAGCAGCGCAAACAACGACCCAAAACAACACCCUACCCUUACCGACCGCCGCCGGAAGCGGAGUAGGAACCACAACUCCCGCAACAGAAACCCCCGGAACCGCAACAGCGAAUCGAGGCCUACCGUACUACGAGAAACUACGGCGUGAGCUCCGCGACACGCUGCAGAAGAAACGGUUGAUGGAUAAGAGUAUGGCCCAACUGGAAGACCAAAUCUACCGCUUCGAACAAUCCUACCUCGAGGAAACAACAGCAGGGAACAUCAUCAAGGGAUUCGAUACGUAUAUCAAGGGGUCGACGACCGGUGGCGGGGGGUUAGCUUUGUCUCUAUCCUCUGGGAUGGGUGGGGGUGGUAGCGGUGGAGGAGGUGCUGGAGGGGGAGGAGGAGGAGGAGGUGGUGGUGGUGGUGGUGGUGGUGGUGCGAGACGGAAGGCGGCUGUUACGGAGGCGGAUCGGGUGUUCUCCAGGAGUUCGGCGAGUUAUAUGCGGGACUCCCCUGCCCCCUCAUCUGUACAAACGACGCCCUCGCACGCCCCAACCCCUAGCUCCACUUACAAUGGCUCGACAGGAAAAGCUGGGAACAAUAACAACGGGGAUGCCUCGUCGGCGGCGAAUAGUGUCAAGGGCCAGUCGUCUAAGAACAAGAAGAAGUCCGGCGGCGGCGGCGGGAGCAAUGCGAAUAAAGGUAAGGGUGGGAAUAAUAAUGAUGACGAGGGGACGGAUGGUGAUCGUCCGCCGACGAAACGUUUGAAGAUCAGUUGGGCACCACGGGAUUAGUUGUCGCGUGUCGAAGCUGUUUGUUUUAGGAUCGGUUGGAGUGGCUGGAGUUAGGUCGUUGGUUAAGGAGCUUUGGCGUGCGAAAGUUAGAAUAUUGUGCUUUGUUUUCUCUUUCUUGCUCAGCAUUGGGCUGCGCUGGGCUGUAUUCUAUUCGUGAUAUCCUCUUGUACAACUACCGUCAAUAAAUCUCAUUCAUGACUAGC